GUCUCCUUCGUCUCCUCCACCCUUCUCUUUCUCUCUCUACCCUAUUCCUCUGUCCGCUUGCAUUUGACUCCUCUCCUCCUCCCUUUAGCCUCUGCCUCGCGUGCUCUUCUCUCCCUUCUUCUUAUUCUUAUCCUUCUCCUCUGCCCCUCUCCCAUCUCUCCCUGCAAUCGCCUUUUAUCUCUCUUUCUCUCUCGUUUCCCGAGUUCCUCUCUCUUUCCUUCCGUGUUAAGAUCCGUAAAGGCCACUCCUUUCCGCGAGAUUUGUCUUGGAGACCGAAGGAAGCGAAGAUGAUUCGAUGAAGAAAGAGGAUUUCAGCUGAGAUAGAAAGAGAUGUGCUGGGGUUUCGAUCUCUAGAGCCCAUUUCAUGAGAAAAGGAGACAGCUUUCCUUGGUUUUGCAUCUCUUCUCCUCUUUAUUCCUCGUCUUGUAGCUCUAUUUGAGUAUUAUUUCGCCAUGGCUGGAAGCAACGAGGUUAACGCUAACGAAUCCAGGAUGGUGGUUCCCCUCAACACAUGGGUCCUCAUAUCCAACUUCAAGCUGGCCUACAACAUGCUCCGCCGCCCCGACGGCACCUUCAACCGCCACCUUGCCGAAUUCCUCGACCGCACGGUCCCUGCCAAUGUCUUCCCUGCCAAUGGUGUAAUCUCCUUUGACCUCGUUAUCGAUCGCCAAACCGCCCUUCUUGCCCGCGUCUACCGUCCUGCACCCUCCACCCCCUUUGACUCCCCGAGACCAUCCCUUCAUGCUGACCUCCGAUCCCCCCCAUCACCUGACCCUUUCCCUGUCAUCAUCUUCUUCCAUGGUGGCAGCUUUGCCCAUUCAUCGUUCAAUAGUGCCAUCUAUGAUUCACUUUGCCGCCGCUUUGUUUUACUCUGCGGUGCGGUUGUCAUAUCUGUAAACUACCGCCGAUCACCGGAGCACCAGUACCCCUGUGCCUAUGACGAUGGGUGGACCGCCCUCAAAUGGGCCUCCACCGAACCUUGGCUCCAUAGCGGUAAGGAUGCCAAGCUCCGGGUUUUCCUCUCAGGGGAUAGCUCUGGUGGGAACAUUGCACACCAUGUUGCUGUCAGGGCUGCUGAGUCGGGAAUUGAGGUCUCUGGGAACAUUCUCCUUAAUCCCAUGUUUGGUGGGAACCAACGAACCGAGUCGGAGAAGAGAUUGGAUGGAAAGUACUUUGUCACGAUUCAGGACAGGGACUGGUAUUGGAAAGCAUUCCUCCCCGAGGCGGCAGAUAGAGACCACCCUGCUUGCAACCCAUUUGGUCCCAACGGAAUGAAGCUCGAAGAGCUUCCGUUCACAAAAACCCUUGUGACAGUGGCAGGACUGGAUCUUUCCCAGGAUUGGCAGCUGGCUUAUGCUGAAGGGCUCAAGAAGGCUGGCCAUGAUGUGAAGCUUGUCUAUCGCGAUCAGGCCACUAUUGGAUUCUACUUCUUGCCUAACACAGACCAUUUCUACGAAGUUAUGGAGGAGAUAAAAAACUUUGUCAGUUCUAACUGUUAGUAAAUGCAAAGCUCUUCAUACCUUACCUACAAAUGCAUAGAGCUAUGUAUAUUAGAAGCUUGACUUUUAUUACUCAGAGAUUUUUUUUAGUUCUAUGAAGUAUGAUGGGUGGUGAUGCAGUGCAGCUUAUGAGACUCAUGCUAUCUCCACUGCUGUUGCUUCUGCUGCUUUCUUACUGUCGGUAUUGAUGCUGGUCCUGGUACUAAGGCAUGCAUAUGAAUCCAAAGAAGUAAUUGUUUUUGCUAGGAGCUAUUUGGUUUGAUUUUGGUUAUGUGGGUGGACAAGACUUGCUUGCAUUUGAUGAUGAGGAGAAGCUCACAGAACUGUUAUGUCCGAAUUCUGUAUCACACUUGGUUGGUGAAAGAAGUGCUGUUUUUGACCUUUAUACUAACAGUCUUCGGUGGUGCCUGAUCCAAUUCCACAAAUAUGAUGUGGUUGGAAGAUGGUCCUGAAACGAUUGGUGACUUCAGUCUGUUGAAGAAUCACGGGGCUUUCUUCAGCUGAUUGUCUCUGCAGUGGUAUCUGUUCGUUGCCAUGCUCAAAGUUCCCGAAGCUGGAGCAGAUUGUGAAUCAGGUUAAAGUUUGGUGGGAAUGAAUUGGGUAUCUAGCUAAUGUUGUAAAGUAUUAAUUACAGCAACAUGGUAAGCACUCUAUGGUGUUAUUGUGAACUAUAUAUGUUAUACCCUUUAGGAUUGUGGUAAUAUAAAGAUGCCUAAUUUUUCUUGUUAAUGUCGACAUUAUCUUCAAUAUACUGAUUAUGGAAAUGAAACUUUGUGGACUAACCUAUGGCAUUGAUUU